UUAUCAAAUUCUUUAGCUAUAAAGCAGGAAUCAGCACUCCAUUUUUUUUUAACUCAUAUCAGUAGCAUUUAGCACACUUUCACAAAAUACUGAAAGUGAAGUGAUCAAGUGUAGAGAGAGCCAUGGCAAUUCCUAAUAUACGGAUCCCUUGUCGGCAGUUGUUCAUCGACGGUGAAUGGAGAGAACCCCUCAAGAAGAACCGGUUACCCAUCAUCAAUCCGGCCAACGAAGAAAUUAUCGGGUAUAUUCCGGCAGCUACAGAGGAGGAUGUAGAUAUUGCCGUCAAAGCUGCACGGAGUGCGCUUCGUCGGGAUGACUGGGGUUCUACUACUGGAGCACAGCGUGCCAAGUAUCUUCGUGCUAUUGCUGCUAAGGUACUGGAGAAAAAGCCUGAACUAGCUACACUUGAGACGAUUGAUAAUGGAAAACCCUGGUUCGAGGCUGCCUCGGAUAUAGAUGAUGUCGUAGCGUGUUUUGAGUACUAUGCAGAUCUCGCUGAAGCUUUGGAUUCAAAAAAGAAGACUGAAGUUAAACUUCAUUUGGAUUCAUUCAAGACCCAUGUUUUAAGAGAACCUCUUGGUGUUGUGGGGUUGAUUACUCCAUGGAAUUAUCCUCUUUUGAUGACUACAUGGAAAGUCGCUCCUGCCCUAGCUGCUGGUUGUGCAGCAAUACUUAAGCCAUCAGAACUAGCAUCUAUUACCUCUUUGGAGUUGGGUGAAAUCUGUAGAGAGGUGGGUCUUCCUCCUGGUGCCCUUAGCAUACUAACGGGAUUGGGACAUGAAGCUGGUUCUCCUUUGGUAUCACAUCCUGAUGUUGAUAAGAUUGCAUUUACAGGAAGUGGCCCAACAGGGGUCAAGAUCAUGACUGCUGCAGCUCAACUUGUUAAACCAGUUACUCUUGAGCUUGGUGGAAAAAGUCCAAUAGUUGUGUUUGAUGACAUUCAUGACCUUGAUAUAGCUGUUGAGUGGACUCUUUUUGGCUGCUUUUGGACAAAUGGUCAAAUUUGCAGUGCAACAUCACGUCUUAUAAUACAGGAAACAAUUGCUCCACAAUUUUUGGCCAGGCUUCUUGAGUGGACAAAAAACAUUAAAAUCUCAGAUCCCUUGGAAGAAGACUGCAAGCUUGGUCCUGUCAUUAGUCGUGGACAGUAUGAGAAGGUCUUGAAGUUCAUCUCUACAGCCAAAGAUGAAGGUGCAACCAUUCUUUAUGGUGGCGACCGUCCUGAGCACUUAAAGAAAGGAUAUUACAUUCAACCAACAAUCAUAACUGAUGUUGAUACGUCCAUGGAAAUCUGGAAUGAGGAGGUAUUUGGACCUGUUCUUUGUGUCAAAACAUUUAAAACUGAAGAGGAAGCCAUUGAACUAGCAAAUGAUACCAAGUAUGGUUUGGGUGCUGCUAUUUUGUCAAAAGAUCUUGAAAGAUGUGAACGUUUCACAAAGGCUUUUCAGUCAGGGGUUGUCUGGAUCAACUGCUCGCAGCCAUGCUUUUGGCAACCACCAUGGGGGGGUAAGAAGCGUAGUGGUUUUGGACGUGAGCUUGGGGAAUGGAGUCUCGAGAACUACCUAAACAUUAAACAGGUGACUCAGUAUGUGACUCCGGACGAACCAUGGGCUUUUUACAAGUCUCCUUCAAAGCUGUGAAACUUUCAAGUGGUCAAGGAUUAUGUGAAUGAUGAAGAACCAGAGAUGAAACUUGAUCUGAUGUAGAACUAGCGUCGGUUGUUGUUAUCAAGUCUAAUAAAUCUGUUUGAAGGGACAAAAUGUGGACUACAUUUUUUUUACUGAUAUUGCGUUCCUCUUCUGUUUAUUUCAUCUUUAAGAGCAAAGUGUCAA